CCAUUCUUUAGUAUCGCAAAACCUUUAACAGAUGACUUACGUUUCUAAGUAAACGAUAUGUAUUUACUACGAUAUUAAGAAAAAACUUUUAAAAACAUGUGGGUGGAUGUAAGCGGUCGUGAAAGGCAAAAUUAUUUAACACAAACGAACGGUUCAUUCAUACCUGGAUACACUGGCCACUGUCCCCUGCUGAAAUUUCGUUACGGAAAGUGCUAUGGCGACAACACAAGGCAGAUCUUAAGAGAAAUUCGUUCCAAAGGACUUUUUAACAAGCCACUGGAAUACAGGCCGGGCGAUAACUACGAGAUAGACAACAUGCCUCGGCAUGAGCGGCCUUCACGUGACGUGUACGAUGGAAUACGAAACCGACAACCCACCUACAUGACCGGAUACACGGGAUACGUUCCCGGGAUGAAUUUUGCAUACGGUAAAUCAUACGGUCGCACGGCUGACGACUGUAUGGCGGACUUCUCUCGUAACCAACGACAAUUGAAACGUAAGGCAGACUUGAACAGAAGCUAUGUGCGUUCAAGAAGCGCGCCGAAAAUGGAAACGAUUCACUCAAGAGACGAGAUCAGGCGCGAUUUGAGCAGAUUUAGGGAGAUCAAUAAAUAUAAAGAAAACACAAUAUCACCAGAAUUCCCGCCUAUAGCUGGCUACACUGGCCACAUACCUCGCAUCAAAGGUUCCGAAGCAUCUCUCAGCCAACGAUAUCAUUGCGCGGCAAAACGAGGAUUGGAACUCAUUCAAAUUGAGCGGGAAAAUCGAAAGGAAUUACAGAACGCAGACGCUAAUAUACGCGCCAUCUUGAAACCGAACGAUAAAAAGUAUUCAUAUUGGAAUUGGGGAUAGCAUACGGGAAGAAGAAUGUUCUUUACCAAAUGUAGGUAAAGAACGUUCUUCUUUAUGCAGAAUACAGUAUUGUUAAAAGUAAAAUGAUAUUUACCGAAGAACAGUAUUUCUCAUUGUUAGCAUAUUGUAAGCGUUAAUAUGGGCAAUAAUGAAAUAAAUUUAAAAAAAUAUUGUUAUAAAAUUGUCUAUUAACACAAAUACAGUGUUAUAGCAGAUUUUAUUACGGUAAUAGUAAUCAUAUUAUAUGCGAAAAGCAGAAAAUUCAUAUUAUGCUCCUUAUUUAUAACUACCCUCACGAACUUUUACAAAAGUACGUUUUUAUGUCUAUGUUUUUAUACAAAUACUCCAUCCGUCCUAAUAACUUUUAGCACUUCAUAAUAUUAUAUUCAGAAGAUAUAGUUGAAAGUGGUAUUUUAAACAAAUCCCUCUAAACGGGCUCACAGACUAGUAUCCACAUCUAACUAUAUAAGAAUAAUCAUUAAAAUGACUCAUCUCACUCAACUAUAACUUUUUUCAAAAUUGGCAAAUAUACUUUCAAAACAUACAUUUUGCAAGGAAAUAAAAACAACUCAACGCAAUUAUCAACAUGAACUAAAAAUAAGUCACAAAACCAUGCCUGAGCGUGAUUUACGUCGAAAGCGUUGCAGUAUUAAUUAAAUGUGAUUAUUUUCAAGCAUUCCAAGAGUAUAUAGAAUAGUAUACUCUUUUUGCCAAUGCACAAAAACAUAACUGGUGCAAUCAUUAUUUACUUCGCGUAAAUAUUUACUCUUGUGCUAUGUUUCUUUUACGUUUCCAGACUUUAGAUUAAAUGGAUAAAUUAAAAGAUGUUUUAAAAAUAAA